AUGUCCACUCACGAAGCCUUCACCGCUGCCGGCCCGCUUGCCAAGUCGUCUGCACCUCAGGGGAGGCCUGAGCGUACACCUCGACUCCACAUCAAAACCAUCAUGGCCGCGUCACCCGCUCCCGAAAUCCCCACCCUGUUUGGUGCUGCCCCGUCCCAGACUACCCCAGCCGCCCAAUCAACCAACAACAACACAACUACAUCGUCCUCCGGCAUUGAGGUUGGCCCCGAGGUUUCUCAAUCCGAUCCCGCUCCCAAAGACCCCACCAACAUGCACGAACGCGAAUGGAACAGGCAGAGCAUGCGCGAUGUCGUUACCUCAAUCGCCAUCCUGAUGGAUUCCGAAGGCAGGAGUAAAAGUCAGAGGGAAAAAUGGCUGCCUCUGACAGAAAUUUUCAACAAGCACCCCAACAACGACCGUAGUGUUAAUGCGAUCCGCUGCAAGACGGUGGCCAUGGGAAAAAUCAAGAAAGAUAAGUUCAUUGAGCUACUGUCCGACUCACAGUCCGCCGACUGGUCACCGGAGAAGGUUAGUGAUUACUAUGAUCUAUUGAACACCUUUUUGUGUGUGCCGGAGAAGCAGUCGACUCCGAAGAAGAAUGAGGGUGCCUCACAUCCCGAACCGUCAAACAAUGAAGAAGACGAGUCGGACGACGCCGCAUUCAACAAUUCACCUCGGGCUAUGAGUCCCCCGACCAUCUUUGAGAUUGCUCAAACUUUGAUGACGGAUUCAGCUCAAACUUUGAUGAAUCCGUCAUGA